AUGGGUCUUUUUGAUAAAAUCAAGUCCAGUCCUCGGCGCAGUCGUCGUAGUGUAACGCCUGCGACCGAGCCGCCAACGCCGCCCCACUCUACCGGUCGCGAUGCGACCAGGAAGCUUCCCCGCGCCGUGUUGGUUCGCAUAUUCGGCUUUGUCUGCCCCCAUGCAUUAGACAACUCAUAUGAUACCUCGGAGGAUUCUAUGACCGAUGGCUGCAUGCUAUGUGACAUGCGAGAUCUCGCGCACUGCACCACCGUUUCCAGGCGCUGGUUCCCUGAAGCCCACGCGCUCUUAUAUACAAAUGUUCGCAUUGAUCCCGUUCACUACUGCGAACUCGAGGUCCAACUAGCCGCCAAACGGAAACGACGCUCUUUCUUUGACCGUAAUGGCGAUCCCAUCGAUGCCCCGCAGGUCCGCCUCGAGUUAUUUAUGCGAUCGGUUCGCGAAUCACGACACUUGGGGAAAUUGGUCGUGUCUCUUCGAAUGCCUUACAUGACCCGCGAAGCCAAUAAAGCUGUCAUUGCCCGCACUAUCUCGGUUCUUCCCCACCUUCGCUAUGUCGAUCUCCCGACUGGUCUAUUCGGUGAUGAGGCCUCGUGCGUGACAUUGAAGCAAGAGCUGAUGGCCUCUUGCACCGACCUUCGGCGCAUGAGUUAUCGACACGGUGCAGAGGGAAGCUUUGCGAGACUCCCCGAAGCACCACGCUGGAACAAUCUUGAAAGGUUAGAGCUAUCGGGUUUGCAUAUUGAAGCUGGUAUUCUUCGAAACAGCCUGGCAGCCUUCCCACGACUGAAAGAGUUAACACUGGAGGAUUUACCUUGGCUCGACGACUCGGCCUUUGGAGCGAAUUCUUCCUUACCCGCCUUUCCCGCUCUGGAGCAGCUCACCAUUAGGGAGACUCCUCAGCUAACAGCGGACGGGCUGGUCGCGUUUUUCUCCGCGGCGACCAAUCGCAUUGCGCUGCAAGGGUUGACAUUGGCGUCUACUGGCGUCCUUCCAUCAACGCUUCAUCAGGUUCUGCAGGCCGCACCGCAUCUCCGCAGUCUGUCAGUUAUCCAAGAAGUCACCCGGUCUUUCCCCGCUGAAAAGAUCUCUCCUUUGGUAUCGCGAUCACUCAAACUUCUACACUACGAAAUCACGUCCCAGGCAGAGACCCACGGGCUCCCUCCUGCAGCCAACUCUUAUUACACGUAUUUGAUCUCAUGUCUGAUGUCUCGCUGUCUCCCCGCUCUCCGUGAUCUAUAUGUUCGCGACGCACAAUUUCCCGACACUCUCCUCUUGGCUCCUCCGCCCCGACUAUUCGGCGGCGGCGAGAAUGGCCCUCAGAUGAUGGGCGGCCUCUCCCAACCCUUGAAUGUUUAUAGUAAAGGCCUGGAUGAGCUUGAAUGGAACUUCACCCCAUACGAACCGGAUUCAGCGCUGGGUCGCAGUGGUGCCACCACCCGCCCCGUGAGCUUCCAGGAGGCACAAUUAAGCCGGUCCUGGGGUGGAGACUCACGCAAGAGCGUGCUGGUGGGUAAUGGCUUUGGCGGGUUCCUCGCCGUGCCGGAAGAUGGCGAGCGACCAAUGAGUAGUAGUGGAAACAAGCGAGCCAGUCGGCAGGACUUGUGGCGAUGA